AUGCUAAGCAAACACCAUUCACCCACCGGUCGGACUUCCGAUGGACCCCUUUUUCAAGAAAGCUAUUUCCUUGUGGGAAGUACACCCAAUGAUCGAACGCGAAAUAUCGCCGACGCCCUGGCGGGAGUUGACGCUACAGUGUGUCUAGUACGUACUUUAACCCGGGCGCGUUUCGGCAAUUCACCACGCGCCGGAAAAAGAACCCACGUUUUGAUCUGCACGAUUAGGGCGGAACAUUACCCUUAGCUCGCGAUACCCUAAAGAUCUGUGGCUUGUCAUAUACCAGCUGAUCGUGAUGCUCCUGACGUUUCGAAGCCUACAAAGCGCAGAUCAGGUAAGGGGGUGAUUUUCCGAUAUAACCAAAAGACAUCAGCGCAUCUAUCAAUCAUUGAACUUUCCCUGCGGGUGAAUCUGCUGGGUAGAAAUUGGUCAUACUAUCACAUAGUAGCAGGCUUCGCACAUACGAUCGAUAACAGGUAUUUAAGACAGUGGUUC